CGAUACACAAGACUCUCCUGUCAAAACAAGCAUCCCGCAGCACCCUAAGCAGCCGAAGGUAAAGUGUGUGCUUUGUGAUUCCGUGGUUCCGUGUGUGCCGUAAAACCAUUGUAGUUUCCCGCAACGGAUUGCAGCUGGCAGACCCCGGGCAACCAGAGACAGAGUUGGGCUAGCUAGGGGGGAAUGAAAAACACACACGACGCAUAAAGCCCAUCCCUUCGCAAAGAUUCUCCCAAAAAGCAAAAGCAGUUGGUGAAGAAAGUUGGCGCAGCAGGCCAAAUAGCUGGACACGCUCCAGCCAGGAUAGAGUGAAGGGUGCUCUCCGUCCAAACUGUCGCAGGGCAGCGAACGCGAGCUUGAAACCAUCGCUCACGCGGUACGAAAUGCAGCUCCUCUCGACCGGGCUGCUGCUGGACUGCUGUUGGUCGAGCUAAACGCGCAAUUAAAUCGCACCCGUUCCCGAUUCGCCACAAGUACGGGUCGGCCACCACAAGCCCUACGGCCGGAUCGAGUGCAUCGUACCCCGGGUAACGGGUUCGGCCGCUGUAUCGGAGUGAUCGGAACCGCGGACAGGCAACCAUGUCGAAGCAGCAGGGCAAGUACGAGCUGCUGAAGGAGGAUACGAAGCUGAGGAGGCAACAUACGUACAUACAGAGCUGCCUGCUGGUCGCGCUCUGUGCCAUGUCCAGCCUGACGGUGUACGCGACCUGGACGAUGAUCUAUCGGCAGAAUCUGAUUAUACCGCCGGCUCUUUUAGAUGUCUCGCUUCACUGGCGAAAUCGACUCGUGCUGUAUGAGGAAGCGCUGCGCCAAACGCUCCGACAGCAGCAGCAGCUGGGGCCGCUGCCAAACGGUCAGGACAGUGUGCCGCCGCCGCCGCCCGAAACAAUCGUGCGAAGCAUUUACGCGACGGACGGUUCCACCGUGCUGCCGGGCCGUCUGUUCGGCCUGGCCAACGAUUCCCGGCCGAAGCCGGCCGAACCGGUGCGCGUGAAGCAGCUGGACAGUGAGCGCAUCUUCCCGUCGCGCUUUGGCAACUACAUCUACUCGAAGGAGGCGAUGAACGGGCUGCCGCCCAGCCCGAAGAUCGUGUGCUACUACACGACGCCCGAUCUGCAGGCGCGCGGCGCCACCGGGCAAGCGCUCCGGCACAUACUGCAGCCGGAGCAGAUCGAUCCACACCUCUGCACCCACCUGAACAUCGGCAUCAUCGACAUCGUCAACAACACGCUGUUCAUCGACGAUAACGUGCGGGAGGCGCUGGUGCGCACGAGGCAGCUGCGGCGCGCCAACCCCGCCCUGCGCAUACUGCUGUGGGUCGGGGGGGCGAGCGUCGGCGGCUUCGCCACGAUGGUGGAGAACCACGCAACGCGCAAGCUGUUCAUCCAGUCGGUGAAGGCGACGCUCGAGCGGUACCAGCUCGACGGGGUCGACCUCGACUGGGAGUUCCCGGACAGUGGCGGCAAGCGGCGGAUGCACUUCUCCCAGCUGCUGCACGAGAUACGGCGCGAGUACCAGCGGGAGCACCGGACGUACAUACUGAGCGUGGCGGUGGCGCCCCAGGAAACGAUCGCGUACAUGGCGUACGAUGUGGGCGAAAUCAACAGCUACGCGGACUACGUCAACCUGAUGACGUACGAUUACCACUUCUACUCGCCGGACGUGCCACAGACGGGUCUUAAUGCGCCGCUGUACCGCCGAGCGAACGAACAGUCCCUGCUCGGCACGCUCAACAUCAACACCUCCGUGCACUACUGGCUGUCGGCGGGGCUGGACAAGAGCAAGCUGAUACUCGGCCUGCCGACCUACGGCCACUCCUUCACGCUCGUCAACCCGUUCAACACGCGGAUCGGUGCGCCGGCGUCCAGGUACGGGCGGGUCGGCACGUUCGGCUUCGCCUCGUACUCGGAGAUCUGCUGGUUCCGCCGGUACAACAUCUACGUCCACCAGGUGUACGAUGUGGAGAGCUGCUCGCCCUACCUGUACGCGGGCAGCGAGUGGAUCUCGUACGAGGACGAGCGCAGCCUCGAGUGCAAGGCGAAGUACAUCAAGGCGCACGGGUUCGGCGGCGCGAUGAUCUUCUCCCUCAACACGGACGAUUUCGGCUCGUACUGUGCGGACAAUGCGCUCUACCGGGACCGGACUGUCGCCGGCGACCAGCAGCAGCAGCAGGGCAGCUUCCCCUUGCUGCGAAAGGUACGCUCGGUGCUGGUGGACGGUGCCGGUGCGAACAGAACGGUCCCACAAACCGCUGAGCAGCAGCAGCGCAUCGCACCGGUCGCUACCGUUGCAGCGCCACCGGCCAACGUGGGCGACCACCGGUGAACCGCCGUCGGCCGCUGCUAGCCCCAUUUAAUCGCGUUACGCGACACGCGUCGCCUAUGUGUACAGUACGAUGACGUGUAAUGUUGCUGCUAAGGUAGAGUACCAGACAGGAAGCACCUGAAGUGCCGCGUGCCCGCAGUUAUUGGCGCGUGUGCGAGCGCGCGCGUAAGCGUAUCGUAUGCUCUUGAUUUACUUUUUUGCUAUUAUAUAUUACUUUUCAUGCUGUAGCGCUCUACUUUUAUUUGUUUGUUCUUGUUGCGUGCGUUUCUUUCGUUUUUCCUUUCCCUCGGCCGUUUUCCCGUUCGGUGGAAGAGUCAGAGCCUGUGCUUCCGGUGGUGUUAGCUGAAAACCGUGUGUAGAAAUCAAACGUACGAUUACGAUUACGCUCUUAAAUUCUAGUCAAGACAGGACAAAUUAUAGAUGCGAUGGUAGCUCGAACGAAAUGAAAAAAGCCAAGCAGGAGCGGUUUUUUUAAUUUAUAUAUUCCAAUCGUAGUUUUAACCGAAUCUGGAUAAUUGGAAAAGAGCCUUGCAUGAGAAGAAGAGGGGUUUAUUAUCGUUAUUAUGUUUAUUUUUUGCCCCAACCCACCUCCUUCCCCGGUGCUGAAAUGUUGGUACGAAAAAAAAUGUGCACAUUUUUGUAAAGCGAAAGCGAAAUAGCGAUUGGGGCGAUGUAGAUAGCAACGAAUAAGAGAAAAAAAACAAUUUUUUCCCUUUUCUGCAUCAUUCGAUUACCUCGAUUCGAUGUAACUUAGCGAUAUUAUUGUUGUUUACUGCCUUUCUUUUUCUUGCAUUCCUCGCUCUCAUUACCAAACCCCCCCAGUAUGGAGCGGAAAAACGUCUGAGGGAUCUAUUCCUAUUCCCGUAAUCAUUCCGGUGUUUUGCGUUUUUUGUUGUUGUGUUGUUCGUAUGUUCUUUACAUGUCAAGCGAAUGUAGCGAAUAGAUAGGCCAUCCCUGCAUUGAUGGAGGCGCAAACCUGUCGCAUUUGUAUUUUGUCAAUUUUAAAACCCUAGACCGACCUCAAUCGGGUUGGCCAAAGGAUUACCAGUAUGAACCCACACACACAACCACAAACAAUUCCAAACUAGAUGAACAAAAAAAAAAAAACACCACAAACGAUCGA